GAUAGGAACACUGUCGCGCAAACCGACUACCGUAGUGCAGUGAACUAACUCACAGUAGCUAGCUGCUGAUGGGUCACGUCAGCAUGUACUCCGGUAAGUUUGGCCGCCUGAUGUUCGCGCUGUGCAGCCGUAAAGCGGCCGCAGUCCCCGGCGUGGCGCGGAGCGGCUUCAGCUGGACUGCGGUGUGCCAACAGCGGACACUGUGUCUGCAGAGGAGCGCCUGUCCGAAGAGCCAGCCACACAGCGUCCCCUGUCACUGCAGUGCUCGGUCAGCCUCAACCACAGUGGAUCCCGAUGAGGUGAGGAGGUUCCAGUCACUGGCCAGCAAGUGGUGGGACGAACAGGGAGAAUUUGCAGCUCUUCACGCCAUGAAUGACCUGAGGGUGCCUUUCAUACGGGAUAAUCUGCUGAAUGUGCACAACACACGUCAUCCUGGGAAACCACUCGCAGGACUCAGAAUACUGGAUGUCGGCUGUGGAGGAGGCCUGCUCACAGAGCCCCUGGGUCGCCUGGGGGCCAGUGUGUUGGGUAUAGAUCCGGUAGAAGACAGCAUCGGCACAGCCCAGCUGCAUUCUUCCUAUGACCCGGACCUUCGUGACGUCUGCUACCAGGCCUGCACCCUGGAGGAGCUCUCGGCAAAGGAGGGGGGAGGGGAAGACGAGCCUGGGGCGGGCCAGUUCGAUGCCGUCGUAGCGUCCGAGGUGGUGGAACAUCUGGCCGACCUGGAAACAUUCGCCUUCUGCUGCGGCCUCGUAGUGAAGCCCGGGGGCUCACUCUUCAUCACUACUAUUAAUAAAACCAACCUGUCAUACGCAUUGGGUAUUGUUGUGGCCGAGCAACUGCUGCGCAUUGUUCCCAGUGGGACGCACGACUGGGAAAAGUUCAUCAGCCCAGUAGAGCUGGAGCGCCUCCUGGAGUCCAAUGGUUUCUCAGUGCAGUCUGUUCAGGGAAUGCUGUACAACCCAGUGUCAGGAGCCUGGAGCUGGACUAACAGCACUGCCAUCAACUACGCCCUCCACGCUGUCAAAGUGAGUGACGAUCCCCAGCCGGACCAGGCAGAGGGGAGCAGCACCCACCCAGAGGACCACACUGCAGCCUCACCCAGCUGAGCUAAACACCUGGAGGACAAGGCGAUGCAGAUGUGCAGAGUCCUAACUUCCCUGUGGAAGACUGAGGUCACUGAAGGAAAGGGACAAACAGCCUUGAGAUAGAAUUAGAGAUGUACUGCCAGUGCACUCAGAAUAAGGUUGCAUUGUGUUGUUACAGACUGUUUAACGAGUGUUUGAGGAGCUGUACAAAGCAACUGUACAUCCUCUAAUCACAUCAUUUUCAGUAAUCACUGUACUGAAUCAGCUUUAUAUUUUAGCUUGCUAGCCUGUAUUAAAGCUGUCCUCUCAUCGGCUGCAUUUCUGAAGAGUGAAAGUACCACAGUGAAACGUCUGAUUUAUCUGGCUGCUCACAAUAAAUAUGAUUUUCAUGUUGGUUUUUA